AUGGCUAAUGUUACUACGAUUAUUCCUGCUCUAUCACCACCAGCAGGAAAGACAUCCAACUUCGUUGAUCCGGAUUACAUCGGUACCAAGUUUUUAGUGGUAAACUGUGUGUUCUUACCGCUCGCCUUAAUAGGUCUCGUAAUAAGGACAUGGACACGACUAUUUGUUGUGCGAAGCUUUCGCACAGAUGAUUAUUUUAUGGUCAUAUCACUCAUAUUAUCAUGUGUACUGACUGGAGUGACAUUGGACAUGCUCAAUUGGGGUCUGGGACGACACAUGUGGGAUGUUCCAUUAGAAAUUUUCUCUCCAAUGUUUAGCAAGUUGAACCUCAUCGCCGCCAUCUUCUACUGCGCAGCUACCGGAUUCACCAAAUGCUCAGUCCUCAUAUUUUACCUCCGAAUCUUCCCCAGUCGGAAUUUCCAUAUGGUAGUUUGGACGAUCGUUUUCAUCGCAGCUGGAUAUAGUAUUGCCAGUAUUCUUGCCAACAUUCUCAGCUGCCACCCGGUAGCGAAGUCCUGGGAUUCAACUAUCACAACGGGAUAUUGCAUGAACCGACCAGUCUUUUAUUUCGCCAAUGCUGGAUUGGGUAUCUUUACAGAUUUUGCCACAGUCGUGGUCCCGAUACCAUGGAUCCGUAAAUUACAGAUGCCGGUGCGACAGAAGCUUGCAGUUGUCGCUAUUCUUGCGAUGGGAUGCUCCGUCGGAAUUGUCAGCUGCAUUCGUCUUGCUAGCUUAUAUAAACUCUUGACGAGCACCGACCUCACUUGGACCACCACUAAUGCUCUCAUGUGGUGUACGAUCGAAUUGAACCUCGGUAUCUUCGGUGGCUGCGUUACAGCUAUUCGACCGUUCAUACGACGAUACUUCCCCCGACUUCUGGGUCUAUCUUCCGGUGGCGGCUACGAUUCUUCUCGAUCACGAAAACAAGUUCAUCCUCUUAAUUCUCUUCCGAAAAGCCGGCCUGAUUUCUCCGGUCGCGAUGCUCAUUAUUCUACUACUCUCACUACGCUCCGGGAUACGCCUGGCAAUGAUAGUGAAGAGCAUAUAUUAUCCGGCCAACAUACUAAUAACCAAAACAAGAUCGAAGAGGUGGAAGGUAUUAUUCGAACCGUGGAAUUUGACGUUGAAAACUCGUCAAGGACAGCUCAAAUGGAAUGA